UCUCUCUCUCUCUCUCUCUCUCUCUCUCUCUCUCGUGCGCGCUCUAUGUCAACCGUCCACUUUUUAUCUGUCAACCCUCUUACCGUGUCUUACACUAUAUAAGCUUGCCAAUAUAUGUGGGAGUACGAGGCAAUGUGAGUUGAUCAAAAGAAAAAAAAAACAAUGGCUAAUCUCAGAUCCAGCCGUAAGAAAAAGAAUGGCCUUUUCAAGCUUAAGAUAGUGGCAGAGAAGCUGCAAAGAAGUUUUCUCUUUGGAACGAAAUCUUCUGGUGAUACCGAUGAGUUUGAAGAAAUCAGCGACUCAAACAACGUGCCAGACGACGUCAAGGAAGGGCACUUCGCUGUGAUUGCAGUGGACGACGAUGAACUCAAGAGAUUCAUCGUUCCAUUGAGUUAUCUUACACACCCAUUGUUCUUAAGACUCUUGGAGCAAGCAGCAGAAGAGUAUGGUUUCGAUCAUGAGGGUGCACUAACGAUCCCCUGUCGGCCGAGCGAGCUCGAGAGGAUGUUGUCUGAGCAAUAGGUGGAGCAGAGAGACUGCAAUGGUGGCGUAAACUGGGGUUCCUGUAAAACUGUGGUGAAGAGCUGUUGAAUACAACGUGUGAAUUACUGAUGUUUUUGUGGACUCUACCUUGAAAUCUCCAUUAAUGUGUUUGUUUUCUCUAUUUCUUUCUUUCGAGAUUUUGUAUGAUAUCAUUAGAAUCCCCCUUUAGUUGCAUGUAUUGACCCAUAAGACACCAAAAAUGGGAUCAAAUUAAGACACUAAUGUU